AUGGAUGGUAUAUUUGGAGGAUUCGAGGAUUUAGUUGUUCCUAGGCUUGAAGAGCAUCUCGGUCAAACCGAUCUCUCGUUCGGUGGAAAAUUAUUACCAGCAUUAAAGAUUUGCGAAGAUGGUGGUGAGAGCGGUUGCGGUGGUAAAGUCUGGAUUGCUGGUGAACUGUUAUGCGAGUACGUUCUCGAGAAAUCAAAUGACCAUUUAUUGAGUAAGACGAUACAUGGAAAGAGGCCGUUCAAGAAAGUUUUAGAACUGGGUAGCGGUACUGGUCUAGUUGGAUUAUGCGUGGGAUUGCUGGAAAAGAACAAGUUUCAUGAUAAUACCAAGGUGUAUGUCACGGAUAUUGACAAAUUGGUACCUUUAAUGGAACGAAAUAUACAGCUGGAUAAAGUCCAGUAUGAGGUUCUCGCAAGAGAACUCUGGUGGGGAGAGCCGCUAUCAGCGGAUUUUUCACCUCAGGAAGGUGAUUUGCAAACCAAUAACGUUGAUCUGGUUCUGGCUGCCGAUUGUGUGUACCUAGAAAAGGCUUUUCCGUUACUAGAGAGAACGCUGCUUGACCUCACUAACUGUAUAUCCCCACCCGUAAUCUUAAUGGCUUACAAGAAAAGAAGAAAAGCUGACAAACAGUUCUUCAACAAGAUUAAAAAGAAUUUUGACGUUCUUGAAAUUACAGAUUUUAUCAAGUUUAACUAUUAUCUUAAGCAGAAAACCCACUUGUUCCAACUCGUUAGAAAAUGCUCUCCACGCAGCGGGGCAUGA